AUGGCCCGCCCCCCCCCAUCGCGUGGAGUACGCCGCGCCUGGCGCGCGUGCUUCGUGACCGCCGUCGCGAAAGGCAUGGAGAUUAUAAUUGGCGACGGCAGUUUGGUGACCUACGACGGCGGCGACAACGCGGCGAGGGCCCUGUACUUCUGCGUGUCGCAUCAAGUGGACGAGGAGGAGAAUUGCGUGCAGGAGGUGUUGCGCAUGAGCCGCGUACUGAACGAGACGGCGACGAGCAAGAAGAGUCCGUUCGUGCUCCUCAAGGACUGGCCGACGGCGAGGAACGAGACGCUCGACGACUGGGGCUUCACGCUGCCCGAUCCUGAAGUCCUCCCCGUCUGCGUCGGCGAGGUGGAAGUCACGGGGAAACGCGCCCUCCAAUUCUCGGAGGAUCACGUCACGGACCUCUUCGUCGACGACAAGCUCUUCGGCGCGGGCUCCGAGGCCGCGCGCGCCGCGGGCGGCGUCUUCGACCUGCUGCCGGACCUCGCCGUCGCCGGCGCGGCGCCCUUCGAGUUCUCGAACCACGUGAACCUCGAGCGCGGCGUCCUGCGACCGCUCGGCGACGACGCGGGCCGCCGCCUCUGCGACGCGCUGCGCGAGGGCGGCGAUGUGUGCGCCCUCGACAGUGUCUCCGAGCUCUACCGCGACGGCGACGGCGGCGGCGUCUGCGCAACCGUAUAA